AUGUCAAUCGGCGUGUCGGUAGACUUCUACAAUGCCCGUUCACAGGUAGACCAACAGUCUAGCUGGGCAAGUCCUGUACCAGCAGCUCAUAUAGUUUCCAACACGGGUGCGACAGGAAUCGGAGCUGGACAGUCCUCUCCCAAUGGACCCCAGAGCUCUUAUCAGUUGUCAGGGCAGCCGUCGACACCCAACACACAAAGCCCCGCUGUACCUGAUGAUGGCCAAUACCACCCAAACCAACAGGGGUCAGCUGACAAAGGCACAGCAUCCAACACCCAAAGUCAACAAGGUGGCAAAGCUCUAUCUUCUGCAAGCCAGCAGGUGGGCAGUGGUCAGCAGACAACGGCUGGACAGCAAGGUGCUCUUGAAGGAGGACAGAAGGCACCAAGUAGCCAAGGCCAACAGUCGUCCUCGCAAAACAUGACACCAGCGCAAAACCAAGAUGGACAAUACCAUCCCGACUCGGCUUGGAAUCAGCAAAAUUCCGCGACUGACAACAGUGGCCAGGCCAGUCACGCUCCCUCGCAACAGCAAGAUGGAAGUCAAGUCCAGCCAAACCAACAGGGCGCACCAGUGCAACACGGAGCAAGCAUGCAAGCGGACAAGAUUGAUCAGUCCAACUGGAACCAAGCUGCUUCCACCAACGAUUGGACCUCGCCAGCCAGUUCAGCUCCGUCACCCACUGCGACGGAGAAAGAGCCACAGCACACCAGCGCGGAAGCCUCGACCAGCGCUCCUUCCCUCCCUGCAUCCCAGUCGUCCCAGUCAUCUGAUACAUCUGCCACCUCAGCUGCUGCAAGUGCAGGCAUAGCUUUGGCAGUCAUCGCUGCCUUGGGGCUGAUCGCAGUUCUUGUCUUGUUGCCCCUGUACAAGAAGCGGAAGCGUCUCCGCAAGGUACUUGGGCACGAUCAAAAGGUCGUCGUCAUGGAACAGCCCCCGAAGAAUCGUAUGCAGCCCGUGAAUGAGUUCAUGGCUAGAAGCUAUAGUCACAGCCACCGCAUGGUCAGGUCCGCUACUGGAUACUUCAAAAACAAACGGCAAACUCCACCUCAAUUUCCGCAAACCAGCCGAGCCCCGUCGAGCAGCAGUCGCAAGUCUUCGAAUCAAGAGAAGCCACACCCCACUAUUACUGCUGUUCAGGCUUCACAUAGUACACUUCCUCCCACGCUCCACUACUCUCCUCCUGCUUCCUUCGCGACCUGGUCAACGGAAGGAUCGAAGUCGAGCUCGAACAACUCUGUGGCCCCUUCGCACGAUGAGCGACAAGUGGAAUCACCAACCUCUAACCUGGGUCAGUUCUAUGGGCUCGGUUCGGUGGAGAAUCUCAGUAUGGGCAACUUGGUCGCUGUCAAUCCACUGAUGAACAAAAUUUACUCCGUGGAGAUGGAUUACAAUUCCGGAAAGCCAGGCCAGCUUGUGCUUCGUGUGGGCCAGCGAUUGACUAUUUUGCAAGUCUACGAUCAUGGAUGGGCAGUCGCUGUUCGCCUGGACUCACCCGAGGCCGGAUUAGUUCCUCGCUCGCACAUUUCCGCGGUCCCUGAUCAGAACCCGCUGCAGACCAGUGACGCGAUUCCCAAAUCAAACCGGAACUCUUUGGUACCCCAACCUAUCACUGCUCUAACCUCGCGAUUCUAUUCCUUGUUCUCCCAUAAUUCCCAAAACCGCCAUCCUUCGUCUCCUGUUUAG